AUGCCUAGUGGCCGGGCCGUUCUGUUAUUGCGACGUUUGUCGACGGGUGACAGCAAGCUAAAGAAUAUAAAUAUAAAUCAAAACACAAAUAAGGAGCUGGUUACCAGCCCAGUGUGUCUAAAUAGAGAUUUCAGCUCCAGUAAAAGAUUGACAACAGUUGGAAAUCCUUUGGGAAGUAAUAAACUGUCAAGAAGUUUUAGUGAAAAUAUUAUAAAAAUGACUAAUGUUGAAUCCAGUACUCAAGAAAAACCUAGAUAUACUAAUCAGCUUAUAUUUGAGAAGUCACCAUACUUGCUGCAACAUGCACAUAAUCCUGUACAGUGGUACCCUUGGAGUCAAGAGGCCAUUGAGAGAGCUAAAAAAGAAAAUAAACUCAUAUUUCUUUCAGUUGGUUACUCUACUUGCCAUUGGUGUCAUGUAAUGGAAAAAGAAUCUUUUGAGAAUGAAGAGGUUGCGAAGAUUAUGAAUGAACAUUUUAUAAACAUCAAGGUUGAUAGAGAAGAGAGGCCAGAUAUAGAUAGAGUAUAUAUGCUAUUUGUUAUGGCCACUACUGGAAGCGGAGGUUGGCCAAUGUCAGUUUUUCUCACACCAGAACUAAGACCGGUGACUGGUGGUACUUACUUUCCACCUGAUGAUCGUUGGGGACGUCCAGGCUUUAAAAGCAUUUUACUGUCUUUAGCUAAAAAGUGGAAGGAAAAUGAUUCAAAAUUUGUUGAAGCCAGUAAUAAUAUUAUGGAAGCAUUACAAAAAAUAUCUCUGGUUGAUUCAGACACAUCAUCAUCUGUACCUGGUGAAAGUACUUGGACCAAAUGUGUUCGAAGAUAUAUAUCAAUUUAUGAACCCCACUUUGGUGGAUUUGGACUAGCGCCAAAAUUUCCACAAGCAUCCAUAUUUAAUUUUUUGUUUCAUUAUUAUGCAAGGGACAAGUCAGAUCCUGAAGGAAAAAAAUGUCUUGAUAUGUGCCUUUACACUUUGACUAAAAUUGCCAAAGGUGGUAUUCAUGAUCAUGUCUCUAGUGGGUUUGCUCGGUACUCCGUGGAUAAUGAUUGGCAUGUACCACAUUUCGAAAAGAUGCUUUAUGAUCAAGCCCAAUUAAUUGUUGCUUAUACUGAUGCAUAUCUUGCAACAAAAGAAGAAUUUUAUGCAGAUGUGGUUCGUGACAUAAUCAAAUAUGUGAACAGAGAUUUAAAGCACGAAUCAGGUGGUUAUUAUAGUGCAGAAGAUGCAGAUUCCUAUCCAUACCAUGGUGCUCCCCAUAAGAAAGAAGGUGCAUUUUGUGUAUGGGAAUAUGAUGAAUUAAAAUCUCUUCUGGGUGAAAAAAAAGUUAAUUCAAUAUCUUUCUUAGACAUAUUUUGUGAUUACUACAAUGUGGAAGUAGAUGGUAAUAUUGCACCAGAAAGUGAUCCCCAUGGCGAACUUAGUAACAAGAAUGUUUUAAUUGUAUAUGGGAGCAAAGAAGACACAAUUGCUAAGUUUGGAUUGUCGUCAGAGCAAUUUGAAGAUGUAAUUUCUGACUGCAUUAACAUAUUAUAUCAAGAACGUCAAAAACGACCUCGCCCCCAUUUAGACACAAAAAUGCUUUGUUCAUGGAAUGGCCUAAUUAUAGCUGGAUUGGCUCAAGCAGGUCAAGGCUUGGGAGAGAAAAGUUAUGUGGAAGAUGCGAUUAAAACUGCACACUUCAUAAAAACACAUCUUUAUGAUUCUUCUACUAAAACACUAUUACAUUCUUGCUAUAGGGCAGAAGACGGAACAGUUUCUCAGACGAAUGAGCCAAUAAAAGGAUUUCUGGACGACUAUGCAUUUCUCAUUAAAGGCUUACUAAAUUUGUAUGAAGCAUCACUUGACCUGUACUGGCUGAACUGGGCACGUGAACUGCAAUAUAAGCAGAAUGAGUUGUUUUGGGAUAACGAAAAUGGUGGUUAUUUUACAUGUUCUACUGCAGACAGCACUGUGGUUUUGAGGCUCAAAGAAGAUCAAGAUGGCGCCGAGCCAUCAGGCAACAGCAUCGCGUGCCAUAACCUACAACGUCUUGCAGCGUACGCAGAUAAGAGCGAGGCCCCAGAAGGCGGAGACGUUGAAAGGGACAUGGCUCGGAAGCUGCUGAUUGCCUUUGCCCGCCGCCUUAACGAAACGCCUACCGCCCUUCCCGAAAUGAUGUCCGCUUUAAUGUUCUACAAUGAUUCGCCCACACAGGUGCUGAUAGCGGGCGGGUGCUCGGACCCGCGCACGCUCGAGCUGGUGCGCGUGGUGCGCGCGCGCCUGCUGCCGGGCCGCGUGUUGGCGGUCGCCGACCCCGCAGCCGACACGCCCGCUGGUAUGUCCGACAUACUGUUAAGCCGCAUCCUGCCGUCCGGGGACGUGCCGACGGCUUACGUGUGCCGGCGCUACGCGUGCUCGCUGCCCGUCACCGACGUGAAGCAGCUCGAGAGCUUGCUCGACGAGCCCACCAAGCCCUCCAAGUCUUCAAAGCCCACACACGACUAG